CCUCUCCCCCCCCUGCUGGAAGCGAGCCGCUACCUCUGUUAAAUCCUCCUCGAGUAUGGGCAGUGUACUGGCUGCCACCUCCCCCAGUCCCGCCCCGGCCACGGUCGGAGGCGGUCAAGGGGUCCCCGGGUUGGCGUCGGUACCCCCGGGGUUCACCAUGCCCCCCGUGUCCUCCGUCCCUUCGUUGUCGUCGUCGUCCUCCGACCUGCAGAUCACGGACGCGACCGAGUCCCCGCUCCAGAACCCCGGCACGUACGAGGAGUGCCACCGCAAGUGUAAAGAGGUUUUCCCAAUGCAGAUGGAAGGUGUGCGGCUAGUUGUUAACAAGGGCUUGAGUAACCACUUCCAGGUGAGCCAUACUAUCACCCUCAGCACUCUGGGGGACUCUGGCUAUCGAUUUGGCUCCACCUAUGUCGGCAGUAAACAGACAGGACCUGCAGAGUCAUUUCCAGUCAUAGUGGGCGACAUGGACAACACGGGGAGUCUCAAUGCUCAAAUUAUCCACCAACUUUGCACAGCCGUCCGCUCCAAAAUAGCCAUCCAGACUCAGCAGCAAAAGUUUGUGAACUGGCAGUGUGACUUGGAGUACCGUGGUGCCGAUUUCACUUCUGCCGUGACGCUAGGGAACCCUGACAUCCUCGUAGGCUCAGGCAUCGUUGUGGCCCACUAUCUCCAAUCGAUUACACCUUCACUAGCUCUUGGCGGUGAGCUUGUAUACCACCGGAGACCAGGCGAGGAAGGUACAGUCACCUCCCUCCUGGGCAGGUACACAGGUAACAACUACGUUGCAACGCUGACUGUGGGAGGAGCAGGAUGCCACGCUACUUACUAUCAUAAAGCCAACGAUCAGUUGCAAGUGGGAGUGGAGUUUGAAGCCAGCACCAGGAUGCAGGAGACCACAACAUCUUUGGGUUAUCAGCUGGAUCUGCCCAAAGCUAACUUGCUCUUUAAAGGCUCUGUAGACAGCAACUGGGUGGCAGGGGCCACUCUGGAGAAGAAACUACUACCCCUGCCCCUCACUCUGGCCCUGGGAGCUUUCCUCAACCACCGCAAGAACAAGUUCCAGUGCGGCUUCAGCGUCACUAUCGGUUAGCGCGUCUCGGAGCUGCCCCGUCGUCCCUCCCAGGAGCCAGCUGGCGGGCCCCCAGCUUGGACAGGCACGGAGAAGACCCACAGGUACCUGGACUGAGUUUUUCCCAACAUCAUUCAGAGACUCUCUUUUACUACUGUGAUUUCUGGGGGAAGACAGCGAGACAGAGACCACCAAGGGGCCAGGACUGGCCGAGCCACGCCUACAUCGUGUAGCACAAAUGUCUUUACGUUAUGGCGUAUCAAACAAACCGGAGGACAACAAGGCGCAUGUCAGAAAGGCAUCGGGGCGAUGCAUGAGAACGUCUUGUAAAAAUCAAACAUUGGUUAGACAUAAUAUAUGGUGAUCAUGUGAUGAUGGAAAUAAAUGUGAUUACUUUUUUAAUGU